CAUGGAGGGUUGGCCCUGAAUGUCCAUGUCCCUCCACAAUCCUCCAUGUUGGCCAAGAGUGGGGCUAAAGUUCCUAGAAGUUGGGUGAGCCAGCGCACCGCCUCAAUGCCCUCGUUCAAGGUCACCAGCUGCUGCAGGAUCUUCACAUCGAUGGCUCUCAGAUUCCUGCAGGCAUGGGUUGGCCAGGACAGUGGUGACCCCCGCAAUACGACAUGGACGACUGGAAGCCCAGCCCCCUCAUCAAGCCCUUUGGGGCGCGAAAAAAGCGGAGCUGGUAUCUUACCUGGAAGUAUAAACUGACCAACCAGCGGGCCCUGAGGAGGUUCUGUCAGACAGGAGCCGUGCUUUUCCUACUGGUGACCGUCAUUGUCAACAUCAAGUUGAUCCUGGACACACGACGAGCUAUCAGUGAGGCCAGUGAAGACCUAGAGCCAGAACAAGACUAUGAUGACGCCCUGGGCCGACUGGAGCCUCCACGGCGCAGAGGCAGUGGUCCCCGACGUGUCCUGGAUGUGGAGGUAUACUCAAGCCGCAGCAAAGUGUAUGUGGCAGUGGACGGCACCACGGUGCUGGAGGAUGAGGCCCAGGAGCAGGGCCGGGGCAUCCAUGUCAUUGUCCUCAACCAGGCCACGGGCCAUGUGAUGGCAAAGCGGGUGUUUGACACCUAUUCACCUCAUGAGGAUGAGGCCAUGGUGCUGUUCCUCAACAUGGUGGCACCUGGCCGAGUGCUCAUCUGCACCGUCAAGGACGAGGGCUCCUUCCACCUCAAGGACACCGCCAAGGCUCUGCUGAGGAGCUUAGGCAGCCAGGCUGGCCCUGCCCUGGGCUGGAGGGACACCUGGGCCUUCGUGGGACGAAAAGGAGGUCCUGUGCUUGGGGAGAAGCAUUCUAAGUCACCUGCCCUCUCCUCCUGGGGGGAUCCAGUUCUGCUGAAGACAGAUGUGCCGCUGAGCUCAGCUGAAGGUGGGACCACACUGGCCUCAUUCUCCCAUCCUGUUGACCUCAUCUCCCCCCCGUCAGAGGCAGAGUGCCACUGGGCAGACACAGAGCUGAACCGUCGCCGCCGCCGCUUCUGCAGCAAAGUCGAGGGCUACGGGAGCGUGUGCAGCUGCAAGGACCCCACCCCCAUCGAGUUCAGCCCUGACCCACUCCCAGACAACAAGGUCCUCAAUGUGCCUGUAGCUGUCAUUGCGGGAAACCGGCCCAACUACCUGUACAGGAUGCUGCGCUCUCUACUCUCAGCCCAGGGGGUGUCUCCCCAGAUGAUAACAGUUUUCAUCGAUGGCUACUAUGAGGAGCCGAUGGAUGUGGUGGCGCUGUUUGGUCUGAGGGGCAUCCAGCACACUCCCAUAAGCAUCAAGAACGCCCGAGUGUCUCAGCACUACAAGGCCAGCCUCACUGCCACUUUCAACCUGUUUCCGGAAGCCAAGUUUGCUGUGGUUCUGGAAGAGGACCUCGACAUUGCUGUGGAUUUUUUCAGUUUCCUGAGCCAGUCCAUCCACCUGCUGGAGGAGGACGACAGCUUGUACUGUAUCUCUGCCUGGAAUGACCAGGGCUAUGAGCACACGGCGGAGGACCCAGCACUGCUGUACCGUGUGGAGACCAUGCCUGGGCUGGGCUGGGUGCUCAGGAAGUCCUUGUACAAGGAAGAGCUUGAGCCCAAGUGGCCCACACCAGAAAAGCUCUGGGACUGGGACAUGUGGAUGCGGAUGCCAGAACAACGCCGAGGCCGAGAGUGCAUUAUCCCUGACGUGUCCCGAUCCUACCACUUCGGCAUCGUUGGCCUCAACAUGAAUGGCUACUUCCAUGAGGCCUACUUCAAGAAGCACAAGUUCAACACGGUUCCAGGUGUCCAGCUGAGGAACGUGGACAGUCUGAAGAAGGACGCUUACGAAGUGGAAGUUCACAGGCUGCUCAGCGAAGCGGAGGUUCUGGACCACAGCAAGAACCCUUGUGAAGACUCUUUCCUGCCAGACACAGAGGGCCACACCUACGUGGCCUUUAUCCGGAUGGAGAAGGACGAUGACUUCACCACCUGGACUCAGCUUGCCAAGUGCCUCCGAAUCUGGGACCUGGAUGUGCGUGGCAAUCACCGGGGCCUGUGGAGACUGUUUCGGAAAAAGAACCACUUCCUGGUGGUGGGGGUCCCAGCCUCCCCGUACUCGAUGAAGAAGCCACCAUCAAUCACCCCAAUUUUCUUGGAGUCACCCCCAAAGGAGGAGGGAGGCCCAGGAGCUGCAGAACAGACAUGAGACCUCCUCCAGGAACCUGCAGGGCUGGGUACUGUGUACCCCCAGGCAGGCUAGCCCUUUACCCAAUCCUGUAGGAUUUUGUAGACACUGGCAGGGGCUGGGUCUGGUUUGUUUUUAACAUGAGACUUAAUUACUAACUCCCAGGGGAGGGUUCCUCUGCUCCAACACCCCUGUUCCUGAGUUGGAGGUCUAUUUAUUUACUUCCUUGUCGGGAAAGGGCAGGAGAGUACCUGGGAAUCACUGGGAUCCCUGGGCAGUGCAUCCUGCCUUUUGCAUACUCCCUCCUCCCAGGCCUGACUCAGAAUCUAACGUAUUUAUUGACUGUCCUGAGGCCUUGGAAACAGCUGGAGCCUGGAGGGCCUUGAUUCUUUUUUUUUUUUUUUUUUUGGACUGGGGUGCUGCCCUGAGGGUGGGGCAGGCUCUUACUCAGGAAACUGCUGUGCCCAACCCAUGGACAGGCCCACCUGGGGCCCAUCUGCUGAUGCAGACUCACUCAGAGACCCUCAGACACUGAACCAGGCCUCUUCUCAGCCUCCUCUUUGUCCAGAUUUCCAAAGCUGGAUAAGGUGGUCAUUGAUUAAAAAAGGAGAAAAGCUCU